AUGAAGCCCGACUUGUCAGGGUAUAGUUCGAGGAUGGUGGUAAAAGGUGAGGAGGAGAAAAAGCGCAUCCGCUCGCAAGCAGCACAGCGUCCCGUAAAACGAGUAUCAGCGAAGUCGUCGACGAAAGAAAGAUUCCAGUCAGACACCGAGUCCAUGACCCCAGGUCAUGCACGGCAAGCAACCAAUCUGCCCCAGGCAUGCAUACAUGACUUGCUCAACGAAACAAACGUGUACCGCACCGCAUUAGCGGCAAACUUCGUGGAAGGCUAUUUCCCCAUGACGAAGAAAGUAGACACACGACUUGCUGGAAUUGUCGAUGCUUGGUGCGCGCCUGCCAACGCACCAAUGCAACUUGCGAACGACGCUCUCAUGCUUCUCCAUUUUGGUGGGGCGAUCGGAAAUCACCAAGUAUCGAUGGGGGGUCUUCGAAAGUACGCCAGCGCCCUUCGAAGUUUGAGACAAGAGUUGAGCCAUAAAGAACAUCAAUCUGUGGGCGCAUUCUGCGCAGCCCAGGCGCUGCUCAGCUGCGAGCUAUACAGCAUCUCGUCGGGUCUUGAGACGUGGGAGAAGCACAUUCUGGGUAUCAAAGCUGUGUUCCAGGCAAGCAAAUAUUUGGACGGACACACAGAAUACAUUGCAGGCCUUGCCAAGUAUCUCUGUCAUGUGGCUCUGAUGUAUGCUCUUGUCAAGCGCAAAGCUGUCGCGCUGUCCCAAGACAGCUUUCCAGACGCUAUGCACGUUGGCCGCAUCGGCACCUUAGACAAGCUUACAAGGCUCGCGAUAAGAUUGUCCAAGCUGUUGGAGACUGUUGAUAGCCUGUGCGCUGCAUGCAAGGAUGAGAGAAUCUCGAUGCGACUCAAAACCUUCUCGCAGUUGCAAGCUGUUGAGAAGGGGCUCAACUUGUUGUCGGAGCAAUUUGAGUGCAACAUCGACGGCCGCUCGAAAAUAGAGGUCCCCAACGUUUCAUCUCACGGAGACACACGCUCCCAUACCGCUGUUCUUGUGUUCACUUUUCACCGGAUUCUUCGAUUGCUAGUCUCCACGUCUCAAUGGAGACUUUUGAGGAGCAAUGGACAAAGUGCGAGGAAGGAAAGACUUGCUAGCAACGAGUCCGUGGAGAUGCUUUUAGAUGCGAUGCAUUAUUUGGUGGCUACUGCCGGCGGACAUGUUGCGAAAGCCCAGGCUAUUCGAGCGCCAGUGUUCUUCGCGCUACGCUGGUACCAGCAUAGUGAGCAACACAAGGCGAGCCAGAGAUGGCGAGAACUCGAGACCAACUUCCGGGCUCAAUUCCAUUAUCUCAGUUGGGAUGCUCUGUUGCCUUUUUCCUUCGCUGCGCUUGCUUGGCUGUGA